UUUCUGGCUUACAAGGCUGAAGGCGAUAAUUACUGAUAUUCAGCCGCUCAGAUAUUUUGCUGGGAAUUGUGAUAUCACUUGGGAAUCGCGAGUGAGAUACCUGUGACGUGAAGCAGACUGAAGGUUUUUGGGGUUAAAUUCAGUGGGAAGGGGCAUACGACGCGUACCUUGCGGGAGCUUCGCUAACUUAUAGCUCAUUGAUAUCACCACAGAGACUCCUGGUGGCUUUUCCAGCGUAACGGAGUGAACCUACAAAAACAUACUUACAUCGCACGCCUCGGGCAAAAGGCAAGCACACGAAUUCAGCCGCUCACUGGCGUACCUCCUCCUUCCGCUCGCACUGCUCUAUCUCUCGCUCUACUUCAGUUUUAAGGGAUACAGGCGCGUCUAUGGCGUGCUCACGCUCGGGGCCCUCGUGGGGUUCGCGACGGUGACAUCAGUGGUGCCAAUAAGCUGUCCGCCAGCAGCGUCACUGAUGAAUUUCGGAGGUGCAUUCGCAGCGUCCCAGUCCCACUCCAGCCACCCAUGGACUCUCCUCCCCUCCUACCAAACUUAACUCUAGCUAACACGCUCCCAAGUCGCAGUAGGCGUCCUCAAAACCCUCGACAUCUUCGCCCGCCGGCACCACCCACGCACCUACGCCGGCUCCUCCCACCUCCCUCCCUCGCUCCUCGCACUCCUCCUAACCACUGAGCUCCGCUACGAAAGCUUCACCCCGAACCCCAUCCGCGUCUCGACCUCCUCCUUCAGCGAACCCACAGACCUCGCCCUCCAUAUUGCCGCCUCCGCCGCGCUCCAGAUGCUCCCGCAGGAGCACGCGAUCAUCCUCGCCUUACAGGUUCUCUUGACGAUUUACAUCCUCUGGACAACACUACAACUCAUUUUGCGGUACCAUGACAGCCCACCGCUCUUUGGUCCACUAUACCAGGCCGAUUCGCUCGGAGGGUUCUGGGCCAAAACCUGGCACAACGCGUUCGCAUCACCGUGCACCUCCCUUGCGUACCACCCCGUGCGGCGGGCGCUAUCGCGGGUUGGACUACCGAUCGAUGCGGCGCGGGCUGGAGGCCUGGUAUCGGCAUUUGCGCUUAUGGGAGCGUUCCACGUCUACGCGCUUUCCCCUCUAAUUGCGCGCGAGGGGCUGCGGAGGGUGUGGUGGUUCUUUGUUGGCAACGGGGUGGCGGUUGUGUUUGAGACGGGGCUUUGGGGGAAGGAGAGCUCGAUGGGGAGAGGGAGGCGGAGGGGGAGAGCGGUGUUGGCUUGGGCGCUUGAGGUGGGUUUUGCGGCGUGGGUGGUUAGGGGGUGUGGGGUUCCGGAGGGGCUGGGGGGAAUAAGAUGGGGGGAGGUUUGUGACGUUAGGCAAGGGCCCGUCGGUAUUGGAUGGCCCGGGAUGUGAGAUUUGCUGUUUGGAGAGGGGGUUGUGGUGCUUGGAUUGACUUGGGUUUAAAGCCUGGGUUGGAAAGCGUAGAUUGGAUUCAUGGAAUAAAUAGUUUCAUCGAUGAUUUCUCACGGAGGACGAAGCAAGGGCCAGACAAAUGGCCGAUGCGUCAUAGCAUUGGUUUGCCUACACAAAGGGGAGGCGAGAGACAUUCAUAGACACUAAUAGAGUGAUAUUUGUUUCAACACUGCCAUAAAUUCAGACCGUUCAUGAAUGGUCGAGGCCGCCGUGAAUUUAACCAGACAUAAUUAUCACUCACAGCUAGCCUUACAAACAAAUCUAAC